AUGAAGAUAGACAGCAGAUGUCGCCAGUGCAUCGGCAUUGAAAUCAAUCCAUGCCCUGUAGGCACCGACUUUCGGGCCAACAGCGGGUGUGUUGAUGCCGCAUUCCAGUCGGGUCUGUCGUUGCGACAUGCUGCUGCUGCUGGUCGCCGAGUUGGAACCCAUCAGCAGUCCUGUCAACACGCCGUGCAGAAAUUGCGAGAAAUACCCGGAUUUGCUGAUGGCAACAUUGCAGGGACCCGCGAACGAAGACGGAGGUCGGACGAAGGAAUUGAUGCCCACUUGAACGGCGUCUGGGCCCCAGCCAUGGAUCACGGGACCACCGCCAUCACCCUGCCAAAUUUACGCAGAUUUUUAACUGAAUCCCCAGCCCAGGAUAGUGACAGGCAGUCCCUCAGGGCUGGAGUCCUGGGCAGCCAAAACAACAGGGCGUAUGGAAUUUGUGAAAACUGCCACAGGUGUCAACAUCUUGACCAGGGCCACGUCAUGCACAAACCGAGUGGUGCCCGUGUAGCCCUCAUGCACCACGAUUGCAUUCGGGUGACGCACUGCGCAGCCGUGAGUAUGACCCUGGCCGAUAUGAGUGACCCUCCGCACUUGGCGUUGUCCUCCGGAGUGGUCAAGUACGCCAUCCAUGGCACCGUGGUCCUGUCACUCACCAGUCCGCCGUAG